AAUCACCGGCAAAUAAACCCUAAUUUCCUUCCCUUCACCGCACUGGAUAAAUAUUAGAGUUUUGAAGCUCCGGUUGCAGCUGUACUUCCAAAUUGAAGAGAGAAAAAAGAAAGAAAGAGAGCUUGCUCAACUCAAAUACCUUCGUUUAUGGCUAUGAGCUCCAGGUUGGAGUGAAGGAAAAAGUUUCCACAAGGAAUGAGGUCUUUGCUUUAUUUGAUGUAGUUCUCUUUUGGGGCUUUGCUGGGUCUAGUCAUGGACCACCACAAAGAGAGAAUUAAGAGUGGGUGCCAGAAGAUUUUGGAAGGAAUAAAUUCAAUGUCCUUGGUAAAUUUAGAUGACCAACAAGUCCAUUCCUUAGUGAUGAUGAGAGAAAUAGCACGUGGGGUUGUUGAUGAUCGAGAUAGGAAGGUGACUAAGAAUGAUGUGAUUACUGCCUUGCGCUAUAGCAUCGAGAAAAUGGUGUGUGCAUCCAGGGAUAUCGUGCAAAUAUUAAGUAGGAUGUCUUAUGAAGGCUUGGAUGACCAGAGGAUGCAUCUAGUAUUGAGGAUGAAAGAAAUUGCACAUGGGAUUAUGGAUAAACAACCUACUGUUGCACCUGACUUACUUGCAGAACAAGGGGUUGGCUUUGUGGAUGAAGGGAUGAGAAUUAGUCCCAUGGCCAUGGUUGAGUCAACCAAGAUUAGCAAUGGGGAUGCCGUAAUUGAUGGGGCUCAAAGCAUGACACAUGAAGAUGAUAUAUUGGACGUGGAACAUGUUUUAAGAUUUGAAAAUGGGAUAAAUGAAGUACAGGAAUCUCUGUUGCCAUCAUGCUUUGAGCAAUUUCUUCUGUGGCCUGCUGAUGAUUGCAUCACCUUAGAGUGGGUUCAGGACAUGAUUUUCAUCCUUGAGCAGGCUACACAGAAGAAGAUGUUGCCAUCUGAAUUCUGUCAUGUCGUGCCAACCAUUUUGGUGGACAAAUUGACAGAUGCUGCUUGCAGUAUUUUGUGUAAAGAACCAAAUUGUGUGGAGAUUAAUUGUCAAGAAGAAGAUUCAAGAGUCAUUGUAGUAGGCGAUAUACAUGGGCAGUUUCAUGAUUUAAUGUUUCUUUUUAAGCAUGCAGGAAUGCCCUCUGAGAACCAGUUUUAUGUUUUCAAUGGAAAUUAUGUAGAUAAAGGAGCUUGGGGCAUUGAAGUCUGUUUGGUCUUGCUGGCUUGGAAGAUCCUGAUGCCUGACAGAGUAUAUCUGCUCCGUGGAAAUCAUGAAUCAAGAUAUUGCACUGCAAGAUAUGGUUUUAAAAAGGAGGUGUGGACCAAAUAUGGCGAUCAAGGUGAAGCUGUCUACAAUAAAUUCCUAGAGUGUUUCAAGGAGCUUCCGUUAGCUUCAGUUAUUGCCAAUUGUGUUUAUACUACUCACGGAGGGCUUUUCCGUAGCAUACAUGCUGCCCCUUCACGAAAGCCAAAACGGAAGAAGACACAAAGAGUGGAUCUUGGUUCUUUAGCUGAGUUAUCUGAAGUUAAAAGAGCUUGUAUAGAUUGCCCUUAUGAAGGUCCUAACAUAUUAUUGAGUGACAUUCUCUGGUCAAAACCAUCUCAUAGGGAUGGUCUGAGGGAUAAUGCAGGUCGAAAGUUAGGUUUAUGGUGGGGUCCUGAUUGCACCGAGGCUUUCUUAAAGCAGCACAAUUUAAAGCUGAUCAUCAGAUCACAUGAAGGACCUGAUGCAAGGGCUGGCAGGGAUGAUUUUGGGGAUAUGUUGAAUGGAUACAGCAUAGAUCAUGAUGGAGAAUCAGGAAAGCUAUAUACACUUUUUAGUGCUCCAGACUACCCACAGUUUGGUAAAAGGAGAUAUAACAAUGAGGGAGCAUAUGCACUAUUGAAGUGGCCAAAUUUCGAAAGUCCUUCCUUUCACUCAUUCAAAUCAGCAGAAAGACCAAUGGUGGAUCCGUAUGUUGAUUUUGAUGCUAAUGACAUGGACUUGAGUAAACUUGACUCGUCUCAAAUCGCCUCAACCUCUUUCUUUUCAGAUCCUCAAAGAUUUUAUCCAGCUGGAAUGAGACCAGGGUUUAACUUUGAGGCAUUAGGCAUAUAUAAUGCCCCUUGUUGGAGUGUUCAGAUUCCUGAUGGUUCAGGCGGCACUCAAGUUGUGCAGGUUCCAAGGGCUCCUUUGGUGGAAGGAUUGCCUCUGCCUCCCAAUAUACAGGAGCCACACAAGGCUGCUUAUGAGUAUUUGUUCGAGCUCGUUGCUGCCCUCAAACAUAUGGUUAUAACAAGGGAGACUGAGAACAGGGCCCGUGUGUCAGCUUUGCGUAGUAGAGCAAGGAAACGAAAGGGUAGGGGUAACAGUUGAUUAUGGCACUGACACUGGAGACAUCAGCAUGUGACAAAAGGUGCUCGAUAUCCUUUGAUUAAAUUACCUCCGUAACAUGUUUACCUGUCCUUUAUGUAAGUAUUGGUUUGACUAAGUAAUUCUUGUUUCACUGUAAGAAUUUUUUAGCUUUAUUCCGAUAGAAUGGACCAAGUUUUUUUCUGUCAAAAUGUUUUUGCAUGAAUAUCAAGAAGACUGGGACUUAAGAAUAUCGAUGCAAUAAGAAUAUACA